AUCUCAGGUCCUUUCAUGGCCUCAGCGGGGAGCUGCCCGGACCACGUCAGCCAAUCACAGCAAAAAGGAGCCGCGACGGUCGGAGGAGAGUUACCAACGCCCUUGUCCCCGCCCCCACCCGGCCUCUUCCUGGGACUCUCUAGGCUUCGACCACUUUUCAGCGGUUCUUCCGGUUUCUCUGCUCGCACUGUUCCCGCCUCUUCCCGUGCGCCGUCGCGAUUUGAGGAGCUCUCGCGAGACUUAGGCCUCUUCCUAGGCCGGCGCUCUCAACAAGGGGAAGGCCAUGUUCAGUUCGAGCGCGAAGAUCGUGAAGCCCAAUGGCGAGAAGCCGGACGAGUUCGAGUCCGGCAUCUCCCAGGUGAGGGGGGCAGGGCCGGCGCCCCGACGGCGUCCCAGCUGAGGGAGCUGAAUAUCACGGCUGCCAAGGAAAUUGAAGUUGGUGGUGGUCGGAAAGCUAUUAUCAUCUUUGUUCCCGUUCCUCAGCUGAAAUCUUUCCAGAAAAUCCAAGUCCGGCUAGUCCGUGAAUUGGAGAAAAAGUUCAGUGGGAAGCAUGUUGUUUUUAUCGCUCAGAGGAGAAUUCUGCCUAAGCCAACUCGAAAAAGCCGUACAAAAAAUAAGCAAAAGCGUCCCAGGAGCCGCACUUUGACAGCCGUGCACGACGCGAUCCUGGAGGACUUGGUUUUCCCAAGUGAAAUUGUGGGCAAGAGAAUCCGUGUGAAACUGGAU